AAGACUCUGUCUCGGGAAAAAACAAAAAACAAAACAAACAAAACAAACAAACAAAAAAACAAGUGAGAAGGGAAUCAAGUACUACGCAAGAUGUGGAAUUUUAGGGAAGGCAGGCAGUGUAUGCUGGAGUAAUUAGAAAAAGGGGCAUGUAUGAUUUGAUGUUUGAACUGGAUUAUGAAGGAUAAGCAAGAUUUAGGCAGCGAGCGAGGGGGAGAGAGAAGAGUUUGUCAGAAGAAUGGAAUAAGUCAGGAGGCAGUAAUGUGUAUGGCACUCUAAGGGCUCUGUCCUGAUCAGACUGGAAGUGAUGAAGCAUUGAGUAGUUUGAGAAAGUUAGCUAAGAAGGGUGAGGGCAGAUUUUGGAGAGUGUUGAAUAUCAGAGAGAAGACAUUAGAUUUGAGCAGAUAGAACAAAAAGCCAUUGCCAGUUUUUGUGUAAGAGUAUAAUAAUAUGAGAGUGGUUAGCCAGGAAGUGGUCAUCAGAGUUGAAUGGAGCAGAAGGAGUGUCUGAUACAGCAUGGAGAUGUUGUGGUCACAAAAUGAGGUGGUGAGGGCUGAGCCAAGAUGGUGGCAGUGGGAUGGAUAAAAAGGGAUGGCCAGGAGAAAUAUUUUAAAGGAAAAAUUAACAGGACAUCUUUACUGACUAGAUUGGAAGGCUAUACAGGAAAUAUAUUGUCAAACUUGAUUCCAGGAUUUCUAUCCUAUGCCUGGGUUGCCCAAAGCAGGAAACCAUUGUUAGAAACAGAAAAGGUAGGAGAUACCAGUGUUCUAACAAAAAGUAUUGAGUUUGGUGUCGCACCCAUUUGACUUCAAGGCCUUGCAAGUGAGUAGACAGAAUUGCAGAAGUGCCACUCAGAGAGCAGGGCUUGCAGUGUGGGGUUGGACUUUGUCACCAUUUUAUUAAUUCCUAAUUGUAUGCAGAUGCUCAGCUUGAGGAAUGCCCAUGUUUGGGCUUCAGAAUGAAAGCCAAGUAAUAUUUACUCAGAUGCCAAUUUUCCCUCUGAAAUAUUUGCUUGUGGAACUGAGAAAACAACAUAGAAAGCAUUACUUAUUUUUCUCAUAAAAAAGUUAUUAAUAAAAAGAUAAGAUCAGUGAAAGGCAGAAUAAACUAGAAGCCAAGUAUAGAAAAUGGUAUCAUUCAAAGACUCAUUACUGUAGUGGUGAUAACAAAACAAUAUUCCAACAGCUUAAGAUGCCUCAGUACUUUGGACCAUUUUUAAGUAGUUAGUGUGGGCACUUAGUAAAUGUGUAUUAAACUAUAGUUCAUUAAUUCUUUUUUUUUUUUUUUUUGAGAUGGAGUUUCACUCUUGUCACCCAGGCUGCAUUUUUGCUUUCUUAGUGGUAUAUAAAAUGUUGUGUUUCACAAUGAUGGUAUCUUAGAUUUGAUUAAAUAUGGUAUUAAAAAAUAGCUGAUCACAGAAAGUCUCUACCAGUGUGACGUAGAUGGCUAAAGUAUUCCAAAUUUGCAACCUUUUGUUGACCUAAAUAAGAGGUGCCCCUUGGGUUGUUUUUAUUUGGACUGAGAAUAUUAGGAGAAAGCCUUUUUCAUUCAGUGGUGUAAGUACCAUCUACCAGAAAUAGAAACCCCCAUGGAGGAUCUAUUUCUUUGAUGGUACAGGACUCAGAACAUUCACAAAGAUUUAGUUAUUAGCAGAACAGACAUCUGUAUUUUAUUCAAACGAAUUUGCCCUUCCUAAUCUGAGAACACUGUGCAAUCUAAGCAGUUCUAAGCAUGUUUGCUAUUCGUGCAAAGUGAGAGUAAAUCUAAAAUAAAUUUUUUUGUGUGUUUAGGGAUGGUAAUAAAGUCUCUUAGUGGUUGAAAAUGUUAUUUCUUACAAAAGUGGAGAAUAUUUGCUUUUCAAUACCAGAGUUUUCAGCCAUUUCUGCAUUCUGACCUAUUGACUGGAGUUCCACCAGGUGAGAAGAGUGAUGACCAUCCUUUUCCUUACUAUGGUUAUUUCAUACUUUGGUUGCAUGAAGGCUGCCCCCAUGAAAGAAGCAAACAUCCGAGGACAAGGUGGCUUGGCCUACCCAGGUGUGCGGACCCAUGGGACUCUGGAGAGCGUGAAUGGGCCCAAGGCAGGUUCAAGAGGCCUGACAUCAUUGGCUGACACUUUUGAACAUGUGAUAGAAGAGCUGUUGGAUGAGGACCAGAAAGUUCGGCCCAAUGAAGAAAACAGUAAGGACGCAGACUUGUACACGUCCAGGGUGAUGCUCAGUAGUCAAGUGCCUUUGGAGCCUCCUCUUCUCUUUCUGCUGGAGGAAUACAAAAAUUACCUGGAUGCUGCAAACAUGUCCAUGAGGGUCCGGCGCCACUCUGACCCUGCCCGCCGAGGGGAGCUGAGCGUGUGUGACAGUAUUAGCGAGUGGGUAACGGCGGCAGACAAAAAGACUGCAGUGGACAUGUCGGGCGGGACGGUCACAGUCCUUGAAAAGGUCCCUGUAUCGAAAGGCCAACUGAAGCAAUACUUCUACGAGACCAAGUGCAAUCCCAUGGGUUACACAAAAGAAGGCUGCAGGGGCAUAGACAAAAGGCAUUGGAACUCCCAGUGCCGAACUACCCAGUCGUAUGUGCGGGCUCUUACCAUGGAUAGCAAAAAGAGAAUUGGCUGGCGAUUCAUAAGGAUAGACACUUCUUGUGUAUGUACAUUGACCAUUAAAAGGGGAAGAUAGUGGAUUUAUGUUGUAUAGAUUAUAUUGAGACAAAAAUUAUCUAUUUGUAUAUAUACAUAACAGGGUAAAUUAUUCAGUUAAGAAAAAAAUAAUUUUAUGAACUGCAUGUAUAAAUGAAGUUUAUACAGUACAGUGGUUCUACAAUCUAUUUAUUGGACAUGUCCAUGACCAGAAGGGAAACAGUCAUUUGCGCACAACUUUAAAAAGUCUGCAUUACAUUCCUUGAUAAUGUUGUGGUUUGUUGCCGUUGCCAAGAAUUGAAAACAUAAAAAGUUUAAAAAAAAAUAAUAAAUUGCAUGCUGCUUUAAUUGUGAAUUGAUAAUAAACUGUCCUCUUUCAGAAAACAGACACACACACACACACAACAAAAAUUUGAACCAAAACAUUCCGUUUACAUUUUAGACAGUAAGUAUCUUCGUUCUUGUUAGUACUAUAUCUGUUUUACUGCUUUUAACUUCUGAUAGCGUUGGAAUUAAAACAAUGUCAAGGUGCUGUUGUCAUUGCUUUACUGGCUUAGGGGAUGGGGGAUGGGAGGGGUAUAUUUUUGUUUGUUUUGUGUUUUCUUUUUUGUUUGUUUGUUUUGUUUUUUAGUUCCCACAGGGAGUAGAGAUGGGGAAAGAAUUCCUUCAAUAUGUAUUCUGGUUGAUAAAAGAUACAUUUGUAUGUUGUGAAGAUGUCUGCAAUAUCAAUCAGAUGACUGGAAAGUGAGUAAAAAUUAAGGCAACUGAACAAAAAAUGCUCACACUCCACAUCCCAUGAUGCACCUCCCAGGCCCCGCUCAUUCUUUGGGCAUUGGUCAGAGUAAGCUGCUUUUGACGGAAGGACUUAUGUUUGCUCAGAACACAUUCUUUCCCCCCCUCCCCCUCUGGUCUCCUCUUUGUUUUGUUUUGAGGAAGAAAAAUCAGUUGCGCGCUCUGAAAUAUGUUACCACUGCUGUGAACAAGUGGACACAUCGUGUCACAUCAUGACACACUCAUAGUAUAAGCAUGGAGAACAGUGACUUUUUUUUUUUAGAACAGAAAACAACAAAAAAUAACCCCAAAAUGAAGAUUAUUUUUUACAAGGAGUAAACAUUUGCGUAAAUCAUGGUAAAGCUUAAAAAAAACUCAUGGUAAGGCUUAACAAUGUCUUGCAAGCAAAAGGUAGAGCCCUGUAUCAACCCAGGAACACCUAGAUCAGAACAGGAAUCCACAUUGCCAGUGACAUGAGACUGAACAGCCAAAUGGAGGCUAUGUGGAGCUGGCAUAGCAUUUACCAGCAGUGCGGGAGGAAUUUCUGAGUGGCCAUCCCAAGGUCUAGGUGGAGGUGGGGCAUGGUAUUUGAGACAUUCCAAAAGGAAGGCCUCUGAAGGACCCUUCAGAGGUGGCUCUGGAAUGACAUGUGUCAAGCUGCUUGGACCUCGUGCUUUAAGUGCCUACAUUAUCUAACUGUGCUCAAGAGGUUCUCGACUGGAGGACCACACUCAAGCCGACUUAUGCCCUCCAUCCCACCUCUGGAUAAUUUUGCAUAAAAUUGGAUUAGCCUGGAGCAGGUUGGGAGCCAAAUGUGGCAUUUGUGAUCAUGAGAUUGAUGCAAUGAGAUAGAAGAUGUUUGCUACCUGAACACUUAAUGCUUUGAAACUAGACUUGAGGAAACCAGGGUUUAUCUUUUGAGAACUUUUGGUAAGGGGAAAGGGAACAGGAAAAGAAACCCCAAACUCAGGCCGAAUGAUCAAGGGGACCCAUAGGAAAUCUUGUCCAGAGACAAGACUUCGGGAAGGUGUCUGGACAUUCAGAACACCAAGACUUGAAGGUGCCUUGCUCAAUGGAAGAGGCCAGGACAGAGCUGACAAAAUUUUGCUCCCCAGUGAAGGCCACAGCAACCUUCUUCCCAUCCUGUCUGUUCAUGGAGAGGGUCCCUGCCUCACCUCUGCCAUUUUGGGUUAGAAGUCAAGUUGGGAGGCUGAAAUAGUGGUUCUUGGAAAAAUGGAUCCCCACUGAAAACUAGUGCUCUAAGCCCAUUCAGCCCAUUUCACACCUGAAAAUGUUAGUGAUCACCACUUGGACCAGCGUCCUUAAGUAUCAGAAAGCCCCAAGCAAUUGCUGCAUCUUAGUAGGGUGAGGGAUAAGCAAAAGAGGAUGCUCACCAUAACCCAGGAAUGAAGAUACCAUCAGCAAAGAAUUACAAUUUGUUCGAUCUUUCUUUUAGAGCUAGUCUGUCUUUCACAGUACCAUCUGAAUACCUCUUUGAGAAGGAAGACUUUACAUAGUAUAGGUUUGUUUUGUGUUAUUUGAAAAUAUUAUUUUUGUAAUUAUUUUUAAUAUGUAAGGAAUUCUUGGAAUAUCUGCUGUAUGUUAACUUUAUGCAUCUUCCUUUCGAGGGACGAAUUUAAAACAAACCCCCAUCACAAUCUUAAAGGAUUGCAAGGGCCAGAUCUGUUAAGUGGUUUCAUAGGAGACACAUCCAGCAAUUGUGUGGUCAGUGGCUCUUUUACCCAAUAAGAUACAUCACAGUCACAUGCUUGAUGGUUUAUGUUGACCUAAGAUUUAUUUUGUUAAAAUCUCUCUCUGUUGUGUUCGUUCUUGUUCUGUUUUGUUUUUUAAAGUCUUGCUGUGGUCUCUUUGUGGCAGAAGUGUUUCAUGCAUGGCAGCAGGCCUGUUGCUUUUUUAUGGUGAUUCCCAUUGAAAAUGUAAGUAAAUGUCUGUGGCCUUGUUCUCUCUAUGGUAAAGAUAUUAUUCACCAUGUAAAACAAAAAACAGUAUUUAUUGUAUUUUAGUAUAUUUAUAUAAUUAUGUUAUUGAAAAAAAUUGGCAUUAAAACUUAACCGCAUCAGAAGCCUAUUGUAAAUACAAGUUCUAUUUAAGUGUACUAAUUAACAUAUAAUAUAUGUUUUAAAUAUAGAAUUUUUAAUGUUUUUAAAUAUAUUUUCAAAGUACAUAAAA